AUGGCUGCGCUAGGAGGUGCUGCGGUCCAGUCACACUACAGAUUAGCCCAAGAACGGGAAUUCUACAAAUAUGUUCCGCGCGAACUUUCCGCAUCGCAAUAUGCCCCCUUCGACCAUGCAAGCGAGAAUACAUUCAUCCCGCAACCGUCGCAGGAUUCGGCCUUGACCUCCUUCGCUCAGCUAGGCGCCAUACGUCUAGGCACCCGACGAGCUCUUGUUUCUCUAUUCGAUAAAACCCACCAACACGUUAUCGCGGAGGCAACCCGGACCUUGGGACUGAUCGGUGGAAGUGUUCGCAACGAACACGACCGGCUGCGGCUAGGAUGCUGUGUGUUCCCCAAAGAGAGGGCACUUUGUCAGCAAGUCGAGGGUUUAAUGUCUAAGGAAUAUUUAGAAGCUGACAAGGUCGUCGGAUAUGGUUCGUUGGUUGUCUUGGAUGUGACACAGAACGAAAGCUUCAGGUCCCGUCAAGUGCUGCGCGCGCUGUCUGAUGUGCGCUUCUAUGCUGCAGUGCCUAUCGUGAGCCCCAAAGGGUUCACUAUUGGUGCCUACAGUGUGAUGGACCCUGAACCAAGGAUGUCGGGCCCGGAUCAACAUGAUCUGCAGUUUAUGAAGGAUAUGGCUGCAACGAUUAUGGAGCACUUGGCCAUGGACCACUCCACUCAGAAAGGUCGCCAGGCAGAACGGAUGAUCGCCGGACUGGGGAGUUUCGUUGAGGGCAGGUCGACCCUUCGCGACUCAUGGCGGGAAGCCAGCGUGCAGCAUGCCGCCUCGGAGCAGUCUGGGGAGCUCACCGAGGGUCAGUUGAAUAUUAAGCAACAAGCUCUGCAACAGGUCUCCAAGGAAAAGAUCGAGGAGAAUCUUGCAAUCCGCCAGCCGCCUAAGGUUCCUAUCAAGGAUUCCGAACCCGUAUCGAAUAGCGACAGCAAAGAUAUCGGACGCGGUCAGGAGCCGCGCGCAGAAGUCAACAAAGCGGAUGGGUCUGUUCGAACCGUCCUCGCGGGUGAAAGCCUACAGGAUGACUCUCUUCCGACUGGCAUCAAACAUGUUUUCUCGCGCGCGGCAAACUUGAUCAGGGAGUCGAUUGGAGCCGAGGGAGUCAUGUUCCUCGACGCGAAUAGCGAACGUUUUGGGAGUUUCGUCAAACAGAGUAGCCGGAGGGUUUCUGGUCCCAGCCCAAAAGCUUCAACAUCGAGUAGCGACGAAAGUACCGAUUCUGCAUCUUCCAAACGCAAAUUUACCAAGAGUGACAAGAAGAGCGGGGCUGACAGCACUCUUUUCUCUGAGUGCAUGGGCUUUUCGAGCUCGAGGGUUUCGAGCAUCAACGACCAUGCGAGAGCCGGCCAGGCAGUUGCGGUUCCAGAGCCUCUGUUCAGCUCGAUGAUCCGGCGAUACCCCCAAGGUAAGAUCUUCACUUACAACGCCAAUGGAAUGGCUUCCGAAGAUAGCGAUCUUUCGCGGAAUCCGUCUGAGCCCGAUCACGCUCCGUCUUCUGGGGCGCCUCGCACCAAAGACCAACGCCCCCUUAGCAAACGGCGCCGCAAGCCAACAUUCCAACAAGACGCUGGUAAUCUGAUCAAAAUCUUCGCUGAUGCCAGAAAUAUCUUGCUUCUACCCAUCUGGGACUCUGACAAAAAUCGACCGUAUGCCGGAAUACUGGUGUGGACGAACGACCCGGAGCACAUCUUCACCACUGAGAAUGAGCUCGUGUACAUCUCUGCUUUUGCCAAUAGUAUCAUGGCCGAAAUACGUCGACUCGACGUGGAGUUCGCUGACAAGGCCAAAACCAAUCUUGUCAGCAGCAUCACGCACGAGCUCCGGAACCCACUGCAUGGAAUACUGGGCACGGCAGACAUUCUGAGUGACACCGCCAUGAAUGCUCUACAGCAUGGCAUGGUACACACGAUCGAGUCUUGUGGUCGCACCCUCCUAGAUACCAUCAACAGUCUGCUUGAUCUGACUUUCAUCGACCAGUACCAAAAGAAACAGUCUCGCCUAAGUGGAAUGUCGGGAGAAAGUCAAUCAAGCUUACCCGCCACUUCGACAGAGGGAGGUCGCGUGCAGAGUAAAAACCGUGGUGAAAAGAGUUCAUUUUCCCAUGUCAAGCUGGACGCCGUGCUUGAAGAGGUCACAGAGUGUGUUUUCGCCGGAUACAGCUUUUACAGUCAUCCGCAGGCGGCGCCUCCAGCCUUGACCGAUCCUUCGUCACGUUGGGCUGGCCCAGCGAGCCCGUCCGAUCAAGUUGGCCCUCGGGCCAGUCAGAUACAGAAUGGGACUUCAAACACACAUGCUGGUGCUUGGCGUCGCAUUCUGAUGAAUGUUUUCGGUAAUGCGCUCAAGUACACACCCUCAGGUUAUAUUUACCUCGGGUUAAAGUCAUCUCAAGAUGACACAAGACCUGACAGUGAAUUGCCGACGGAGCAAGGACAGGAAUUUGAGGUCACUCUUACAGUGAAGGACACUGGGAAAGGUAUCGGGGCCAAAUAUUUGCAAGGCGACCUUUUCACUCCGUUUAAGCAAGAGGAUUCACUUGCGUCUGGGAGUGGACUAGGAUUGAGUAUCGUUCGCCAAGCUGUUGGUUUCCUCGGCGGCUCGAUCGAAAUUGAAUCAACCCAGGAAGUUGGCACACAGAUCUCGAUCCGGACACCGCUCUACCCGUCAUCUGAUCCAUCAGAUACUUCGUCGUCGGGAUCUAUGUUUAGUCCCCCGCGGAAAUUUACCCAGGGAAAGACUAUCGGUCUCCUAGGGUUCGGGUCAUCCCUCCGCUCUCAACGAGACACGGCCUUGUACUCGUCCUUGGAACGGUUGUGCCGAGACUGGUUUGAACUGGAGGUGACCAACGUGUCUUCCUUAGAGGGCGAGCGCGUCUUUGACUUUUACUUAGCUGUGCAGACAGAGUUGGACUCUGAGCAUGUUGAGGGAAGAAACCUAUUCAGCCUCAGUCCAGAACUCAUCAACGGGGAUGGUUACAGCUCACCGGUUGUGGUAAUCUGCCAGUCCCCCGAGGAAGCACACAGAAUGUUCGUCGCGGCCAAGAACCGGGGCGAAACACCGCUCUUCGAGUUUAUUAGCCAGCCGUGCGGACCCCGGAAACUGGCUCGGGCAUUGAAUAUUUGCAUAAAACGACAGGUCGAUCAACAAUCUGGUCGUCCCGAUGCCGAUGAACCGACUCGUUGGGUAGAAAUGCCUGAAUCCUCCCACCUACCAGUGGACAUUGCGGCUAGUGAUGCACCCAAAGACAGGAUGAAGAUCGGUAAGCGGCCGACAACGGAGACAAUGCGCAGUCCAGAACUUUGGAGUUAUCGAUCGCUGUCUUACAAGGAGAACCUGAAAGCCAACUCACAGAGUGCCGCCCAGCCGACAUCAUGUUCGAAGGAGGUAGAGGCGGAACCAGAGGCCUCCGCACCACUCGUCUUACUGGUGGAUGAUAAUGACUUGAACCUCCAAUUACUUUGUGCCUACGCAAAGAAGGAUAGCUAUAAUUACAUGACAGCUCAGAAUGGGGCCGAGGCAGUCGACAUAUAUAAAUCCCAUCCUGGCAAAUUCAGGGUUGUUAUCAUUGUUAUGGAUGGCUUUGAAGCCUCCCGGCAAAUACGUCGCCUAGAGAAGGAGCACCGGGCCAAGAUGACCGGUUUGGCACAACAAACUUUGGCACCCACAGUCAUCGCCGCUUUGACUGGACUCGAUAAUGCUAAUGCCCAGAAGGAGGCAUUUGGUUCUGGCAUCGACACUUUUCUUGUCAAGCCAGUCAAGCGCCCAGACUUGCUGGCUAUCCUACGUCGAAUGCAAGAGUAA